AUGGCCAGCGCUGAACAGUCGAGCCCUCGGUUCUCUCCCUCCGAUGUCACCGUGGUCUUCUUGCUGGGCGGUCCCGGUAGCGGCAAGGGUACGCAGUCCUCGAAUCUUGUCCGCGACUAUGGCUUCAUCCACUUGUCCGCGGGAGACCUGCUGCGUGCUGAGCAGGUGCGGGAGGGCAGCCAGUACGGAGAUCUGAUCAAGACGUAUAUUCGGGAGGGCAAGAUCGUGCCGAUGGAGAUCACCGUGGCCCUACUGUCGAAUGCCAUGGCGGACGCGCUGGCGGCCGGUGCUGGCGCCGGCGAGGGCAAGAAGGCUCGCUUCCUGAUCGACGGAUUCCCGCGGAAACUGGACCAGGCUGUGUUCUUCGAGAACACUGUCUGCCCUUCGGAGAUGACCCUGUUCUUGGACUGUCCCGAGGAGGUCAUGGAGCUGCGCUUGCUGAAGCGCGGCGAGACCUCUGGUCGUGAUGAUGACAAUGCCGAGUCGAUCCGGAAGCGCUUCCGUACCUUCGUCGACACCAGUAUGCCGGUGGUUAAGGCGUUCGAGGAUCAGAACAAGGUUGUUUCGGUGUCGGCGACGGGGUCCGUGGACGAGGUCUAUACUCGCAUCCAGGAGGGAUUCCAGGCUCGGGGGGUCAACCCUCAAUGA